UGGCGCUGUGGGCGGAUCCGCUCAUCCGGGUCCUGACGUCAGAGCGCCGAGAUAAACAACGGCUCAAUGAGCGACUACAGUAUUAUUCGCUGAACUAACCGCACACUGAUGCGUCUUAUUAUUCCGCGCAGCUGUCUAUGAGAGUAGAAGGAAAACAACUGAGGGGCGAUGCAGGCGGCGGAGGAGGCGCUGGCGGAGCGCGUCGAGUCGAUGGGAGUCAGCGAGGAGCAGAAAACUGCAGGAAAACCAGAAGACAAGGAGCCAGAAAGAAGUGAGGAGACGCAUGAAGACGCAGAAGAUGCUGCAGCAGAGGACGACACAAAAGGAGACGAAGGCUGCGUGGAGGCGGAGGAGCAGAAGGAGGGUGGAGAGAUGAACGGAGGCGGCGAGGAGGACUGGGAGAUCCCGUACAGCGACGAGGAGAUGGAGGACCCCAGGAGCUGGAUGCCUCCGCCCGACGAGAUCAAGCGGCUCUACGAGAUCCUGGCGAGAGGAGAAGAGCUGGAGCUGAAGUGGGAGCCGCUUCCACGCCGACCUCCGACCCCUCCACGCACGCCCUCGCCCGAGAGAGACGGAGACGCCUCGCAGGAGAACCAGGAGGAGGACAACCAGCGCCGGGCUCUCACACCGACUGAAUUUGAUUUCGAUGAGGAGCAGACGAUGGCGACUCCCAAGAACUCUUUUCUGAGUCGCCGCAGAACUCCAGGAUCCUCCGGCCGCUCUACGGUCAAGCGCGAGGCCCGGCUGGACAAAGUGCUGUCGGACAUGAAGCGGCACAGAAAGAUCGAGCAGCAGAUUCUGCGGUCGGGUCGCGAUCUGUUCAAGAGUGAUAAAGCGCGGCUGGCGGCCGUCGUGGAGAAGCCCUUAUCACCCAACAGCCAGCGCGAGCGGGAGAAAGAGCGGGAGCGGGACAGUGACCCCAGCACCGUCUUCAGCCCGCGCCAGCGCAGAUACUGACCGCGACUCUUCACUCUGCAGCGGACUCUUAUACUCAUGUCUUUUUUUUAUUCAGGUCUUUUCUAUGUGAAUAAAUAAGUGUAUUGCGUAGCUGCUGGUGUCCUGCGGUUUCAUUAAAUCACACUAAACUCUUCAGAACUGAA